CGCCGGCUUGCGCGGGAGCGCGCGUUAGUAGGUACAUGUUCCCGUAGUCCCGCUCGAUUUAAUUAAAUAUGACGUUUAAUCGAUUACUUUUAUUGAAUCGUGCUUUAAAUACAGGCCGCUAAUACAAAUUAAAAAAAAGUUAUUGAAUCCGUAAUUCAAAAUUGGAAUAUCACUCGUUUAUUGUCUUAAUACCUCUUAAUUUUCUUUUUAAUUAUCUAUAUCAGUGUUUUUUUUCUUAAUUAGUGACGUGUCUAAAAGAGGCGCAGGAAUAAUAAUCGAGGUGGCAUCAUGCGCGAGAGCCUCCGCAGACUCGCAUCAGACGAGGGCAUCAGGAUGCAGCGUGGAGACACGCGGCGAGUCCGAGUGGAGCUGCUGGAUGGUGACCAUGUUACCAUCGACGUUGAUCGCAAGGCUCGUGGUGCCGAUUUGCUGGACAAAGUGUGCGACAGUCUGGACAUCAUGGAGAAGGACUACUUCGGUCUCCUGUACUUGCUGCGAGGGGAUCCUCGCGUGUGGGUAGACCUCGGCAGGCGACUCUCCAAAACAUUUAGAAACGAACCCUGGGACGUGAGGCUAGCUGUGAAGUUCUACCCACCGGAACCAUCAGAACUAAGAGACGACAUGACGAGAAACCAACUGGUGCUAGCCGUCCGACGAGACUUGCUCGAAGGCCGAUUGAACUGCUCCAGUAUUACAUACGCGCUGCUCGCCUCGUAUAGGAUUCAAGCGGAGUUGGGUGAUCACGAGCCGGGGAGACUAUCCUCAGCGGUCCUGGUGGAAACUGGGCCCAUACCACACAGGCUGUUCACAGCCGACAUGGAGGAGAGAGUUGAGGACUUGUACAAGAAGCAUAGAGGUCAAACUCCAGCCGAGGCGGAGUCUAACUACUUGGAGAGCGCCAAGCGACUACCCUUGUACGGGGCAGAGAUGCACUGCGCGCGGGAUAGCGCAGAAAUAGACAUAAUUCUGGCUGUAUCUGCUCCAGGGAUCGCUAUCCAUAGAGAUGGACAAAUAAUGAACCGGUUUCCCUGGGCGAAGAUUACCAAGAUCGGCUACAACAAACGGACAUAUACACUGCGGUUGAGAGCUGGCGAGUUUGAUGAGUACGAAACCUAUCUCAUAUUUCGGCUGGCCUCCACCACAGCUGCCAAGAAACUCUGGCGAUGCAGCGUGGAGCAUCAUAUGUUUUUCAGGCGGGAGGAGCCGGUGUCUGUGUGUCGUGUGGCGGGGUGGCCGCGGCUGGGGUCGCGCCGCGUGUCGUGUCGCCGCACGCUGCGGCAGAUGCGGGCCGCGCCCCCGCAGGGGGCCUGACCCCCCACACCACACCACCCCCCUAACUUAUUGAACAAAAAGAUACAUUAAUUAUAAGAAAAAUAAAUACGAACAACUUUAAUGUAGCUGGUAACGGCAGAAUGUCGUAAAUGGUUCAAAAUAAACUCACCAAUCCUUUUUCAGGAGCGUAUAUUGUCACAAGCUUGAAAGAAUAAUAAAUAAAAAUUUAUAUAUAAUAAAUACAUAUGUAUCAAAAAUAAGAAAAUAUUAUUUUUUUUUCUUUAUUAUUGCCCUAUAUCGCGUGCGAAUUUGUUUUCACGAAACACGAAAUUUACAUGCACUUUGCAUGUAAAUGUAACAGAAUUAGAAUGAGAAAGACCUCGCGCGAUGUCAGUGAGUGCAUGCUCGUGUUCUGCAAUCGUGAGUGCUUUAGCGCCUUUUUGUAAUAAUAAUCAUUUCAAAAUGUAAGAAUUACUAACAACUAAUCUAAAUAUAUAUAACUCAAAGGUGACUGACAUAGUGAUCUAUCAACGCACAGCCCAUGAUAAAAUUUUCACAAAAUAUAUUAAAUAAAACCCCUCAAAAGGGAGAUAAUUCAUUAAUUAAUGACUGAGGAGGAAAUAUUUAUCACGAUUAUAUAUUUAAUGUUAUUAUAUUUAAAUUCACUCCUUCACAGAAGUUGUUUGUGUUCAUUGCAAAAAACAUAAAUAAUUCAUUAUGCUAAGUAUAAAUAAUUAUAAUUAAACUAAAAUCAUAAAUAUGUAUAAAUAUUACAAAUUUCAUUACAAUAUUACAAUGUAACAUGUAUUCCUAUCCGAAUAACAAUUGCAAAAUUCAUAAUAGAAAACAAACUUACAUUCAUGAAAAACAUUUAUUUUUUAUUUUUAUGAAACGACUUUUGUUAAGUAAGUAUUGGAUAAUACUUUAUUUGUGACAUAGAAAUGUAGAAUACCAAACUACAUAAUAGAAAACAAAUUUACAUUAAUCCAAUAAGAACAUAACCUAUUAGUAACAAUAUGAAAAUACUUUUUUUUUUAUAUUUUUACGAAACAAAAUUCUAGUAAGUAUUAGAUAAUACUUUAUUUGUGGCAUAAAAAUGUAGAAUUGCAAACUACGUAAUAGAAAACAAACUUAUAUAUAUAUACAAUAAGAACAUAGCUUAUAUAUAAUAACUACAUGAAAAAAAAACUAGUUUUGUUAUUUUUACGAAAUUAAGUCUAGUAAGUAUUAAAUAAUGCUUUAUUUGUGGCAUAGAAAUGUAGAAUUGCAAACUACUAUACGUAAUAGAAAACAAACUUACAUCAAUGCAACGAGAACAUAGCUUAUUAACAACGAUAUAAAAUAACUUUUUGUUUUAAUUUUUACGAAAGUAAAGUCUAGUAAGUCUUGGACAUGACUUUAGUUGUUUCAAACAAGUGUGGAUAUUUCUUCCAGGCUAAGCUUAAGAGUGUUCACAAUUUUUACUUUAAUAUUCUUAUUAUUAUAUCAGAGAUAAAAUGAGUUUUAAAUCAUUAAAAUAUAAAUUUAGUUUAAAUCAAAUGAGUUGUUUAAUAAAGAUAACAUGGUAUAAUCGUUAAUGUGCCAUUUCAAAUUAUUGAAUUAUUUAAUAUUAAUAAAUAAAUAAAUAAAAUUUGUCUAAGCAUUAAAUAUAGUAUUGUUAAUUUAUUGAUAAGGCAUUACAUAGUAUAAAACAAAGUCGCUGUCGCUGUCUGUCCCUAUGUAUGCUUAAAUUUUUAAAACUACGCAAAGGAUUUGAUGCAGUUUCUUUUAAUAGAUAGAGUGAUUCAAGAGGAAGGUUUAUAUAUAUAAAACAUGUACACCCGUGUGAAGCCGGGGCGAGUAGCUAGUAAUCGAUAAAAAUGUUUCUUCUUAAAUUUUAAUUAAGUAUUAAAAUAUUGUAUUAUUAGUUUGUUCAUAAUUUGUAAUAAAUGUAGU